AUGACCCCUCGACGAUCUUCAGAAUUGGACGUCACACCACCUUUACCGCUUCGUGCACCUACUCCACCAGGUCAUUCGCUCACUGGUUCAGGCCAUAAUAAAAGAAAAAAAUCCCGUGAAGAAAAACAAGACUCUUUUUUUUCUUUGUUUUUUGGGUCAAGCUCUCGACCUUCUUCACCAAGUCAUGAAUCUGGACCUCAGUCAAUGAAUAACUUACCAGUCAGAUCUAAAGGGAAAGCUGGUCAUCAACGUAAGCUUUCGGCUGGUAACUUAAAAGCCGCUCUAACAGUACCUGGCGAAGACGAACCAAGAAGAAAGUCUUUUGAUUACAUUCAGCCUGAUAUGAAUGCUCGAUAUUUCCCCCCUCCAGAAAUUGCCCCAUUUAUGUAUCAAAUUGAUCAGCAUGAUGAAAGUGAAAAAGGUUCAACUAUAACUUCAUAUACUAAUUCUGACUCAUAUUCCUCUAAACACCGACGAACAAAGAGCUCAGAUAGCGACUCCAUUAGUGUGAUAUCUUCUGUCAGUAACAUCACUCCUAGUAAUACACCUGUUAAAGAAGAAAAAGAAAAGAAAAAGACUUUAUUUAAUCUUUUCAGGAAAGGCUCCAAAGAUAAAGAGCCACCCACACCUGAAGGAUUAUCUCGUAAAAAUUCAAGUACGGAGUCACAUUCGAAUUUCCUUACACCUCACGACCAGAGAGACGAUCAUUUGUCAUCUAAGAAUGAUCACUAUCAUUGGGGCAUGAAGCUCAAAAAGGAACAUAAAUCAGGGAAAAAGCAGAAGGAAACUGCUGCACAUGACAUAAUAAACUGUAGUAACAUUAACUUUGAUGACCUGAAAGAUAUCAUAAAAACUGAAAAUCGACACUCAGGUGUACCUUCUUAUAAAUCAUUUGAUGACUUGUUACAAGAAAACCCAGCUAUAGAAAGGACCCAAUUUCCGCCGAAUAAAGCAGAAAUUUGGACGGCUCCUGAUUCAUGGGCAGUAAAUCAUGAAACUCCGGUAGAAAAGGAUGCUCGCGAUAGCCUUAAUGUUGAAGAUAAGGAUGAUUGGAAACGAUUAUUUUGCAUUCGUAUAUUUCGUCCUGAUGCCACUUUCGGUACAGUAAAUUGUGGAUUGAACACUACUACUUCUGAAUUAUUGCAAAUUCUUGGUAAAAAAUUUUUUAUUCAGGAUAUUUCAAAAUAUAAUUUAUAUGUGAUGAGGCACAACUUAGAACGUGUGUUAGGAUCUCAUGAACGACCAUUGCAAUUACAAAAGAAAUGGUUAGAACAAGCGGGGUAUACUGUAAAUGAUAAUUUGGAAGAUCUUGGCAGAGAGGAUAAUAGCUAUUUAGUUCGUUUUACCUUCCGUGAAACUACUGUACCAAGAUUUGAAGAAGAAGGAAACUUAUCUAAUUUCCAAAGAGUGGAUCUUCAAUCUCGCAAUUUACAAACAAUACCCAUAUUUCUUUAUCGGCAAGCUUUAAAUAUUCGAUCUUUAAAUGUUUCUCAAAAUUUAAUGCUCGAUCUUCCUAUGGAUUUUAUACAAUCUUGCGCACAAUUACGUGAGCUCAACCUUUCACAAAAUGACUUAGAACGUGUUCCACAAUCAAUUAAACAGUCAGAAAUGCUUUCUUUUCUUAAUCUAAAUUCGAACCGUUUGAAAGACCUAGAACCUGGAUCAUUGGAAAUGAUUGGUGAGCUAGCAAAUCUUCAAGUUGAAAACAAUUUGUUAGAAACAUUACCCAAGAAAUUUGCAGCGUUUACCAAAUUGAGUAUCGUGAAUGUUGCCAACAAUUCGUUCAAAGAAUUUCCUCAAGUUAUUUGCGAUAUUGUGACGCUUUCAGAACUGGAUUUGAGUUAUAAUGAAAUAACUUCCAUACCAGAAGAAAUCGGAAAACUUGUCAACCUUAAGAAGUUGUUCCUCAUUGGAAAUCAAAUAACGGAUAAAAAAUUACCUGAAAAUUUUCAGAAUUUAACUUCUUUGAAUGAAUUAGAUAUACGUCGAAACAAAAUAACGAAUCUCUGCACGAUAUCUUUAAUUCCUAACCUUGAAAUUCUUCUGACCGAAUUUAACAACAUAUCAACAGUAGACAUAUCUUCAAGAUCAUUACAAAAACUUAUUCUAUCCAAAAAUCAACUUACUCAAUUCUCGUUAAAGGAAACAGGUCCUUCAUUAAAAGAACUUUCAUUGGCAAAUGCUAAACUUGUUGCGUUACCAAAUGAACUGUUUGAACACCUUGAAUCUGUUCAAAAGCUUGACAUUAGUAAUAAUCAUGAAAUUAGUAGUUUAGACUCUUUAUAUGCAUUGGACAUUCAUUUCAACAAUCUUGUUUCUCUACCACAAGAAAUUUGGCUUUGCAAAAGCUUAGCUAUUUUAAAUGUUAGCUCAAAUUUAUUAGAGCAAUUCCCAGCGCCUCCAACCACUCCAACCAAUUUGCCAGCCGAGAAUUCUCUUAUUAGUUCACUUCGCGUCCUAUAUUUAGGAGAUAACUCUAUUACUGCUGAAAUAUUUCCCUAUAUUUCUUUAUUUUCGAAACUCGAAAUUUUGAAUAUCUCAUUCAAUAUGUUAGAUCAAAUUCCUCCAGGAAUUUCUAAUCCUCAUUUAACGGAAUUGUAUCUUUCCGGGAAUCAAUUGUCAUCGCUUCCAGAAGACAUAGACAAGUUAACUAAUUUAAGUGUUCUACAUGUAAACGGCAACAGAUUGACAACAUUGCCUGCAGAAUUGAGUAAAAUAAGAAAAUUGGUGGUUCUCGAUUAUCUUAAUCUCUCGGGUAACAAAAGAUUCGAGAUUAAACAUGUACAUCAAAAUGAAAUCAAUCCUCUCCGAGAUAGGAAUUUAGCGGACUUUAGAAUGCUUACUGCAUUGAGAGUUCUUGGUCUCAUGGACAUUACGCUUUUAAAUUUUUCGGUUCCUGAAGAAACAGAUAACCGUCGUGUGCGAACAUCAGUAUCAUUAGUAAAUUCUAUGCGAUAUGGUAUGGCAGAUACUCUAGGAAAGUCAGAUAAUCUUUCAACAUGGGAAGCUGUAACGCCAAAGUUUCGUGGACGUGAAGACGAGUGCAUUUUUGGGCUUUUUGAUGCUCGUGCUGGCUCCAGUCAAGGUGGUCGAGUUACUAAGUAUCUACACGAUUGGUUUUUAUUCCAUUUCAAAACUGAGCUAGAAAAAUUAAAAGAUGAUUCAGUAGAAUCUGCUUUACGACGAUCUUUUUUGAGUUUAAAUAAAGAACUCGGUUCAAAGGUCUUCAAUUCAAGUAUAGAAACAGACCUUUAUUCUAGAGAUACGGAAAGUGGGUAUCAUCACUCUUCCCUAGGUAUUGAUGACAAUAAGUCUGGUGCCUCCGGAUUAGUUGCUUAUAUUUCUGGAACAAAAUUAUAUAUUGCGAAUGUUGGUGAUACUGUAGCAGUUAUCAGUCGUGGAAAGGAAGCAUAUCCGGUUGCGCAAUGUUCAGAAGUUUUUAGCGAAAUUGAAAGGAUAAAGAAAGCUGGAGGAUAUAUUUCGCACGAUUGCCUUGUCAAUGGAGAACUGGAUGUAUCUCGAUCAUUUGGUCAUUUUCAUUUAACGCCAAUUAUCAAUGCUAAUCCUGUAACGGAGGUAGUUCAACUCUCUGAACAGGAUGAACUUUUAAUUCUUGCUACUCGAGAAUUAUGGAAUUAUAUAAGUUACCAACUUGCAGUAGAUAUAGCCAGGACAGAGAAAAAUAAUCUCAUGUUAGCUGCUCAAAAGCUGCGAGAUUUCGCUAUUUCUUAUGGGGUUGGAGAUUUGUUUGACCGUCGUUACUCCGUGAUAAAAGAAAGAAAAGGUGAAGGUUCAAUAAAAUAUUUGGGUAACAGAAGAAGAAGAGAUGAAAUACCAAGUGAUAAUAUUAUGGCACGGUUAGAAGCAGAAAUUUCACCGCCAACAGGACAAGUAGCACUGGUUUUUACUGAUAUAAAGAACUCUACAUUUCUUUGGGAAACAAUACCAAACGCAAUGCGUUCUGCAAUUAAAUCUCAUAAUGAUGUCAUGCGCCGCCUUCUACGCAAUAUUGGCGGUUAUGAAGUAAAGACUGAAGGAGAUGCUUUCAUGGUAUCUUUUCCAACAGUAGCGUCAGCUCUUUUAUGGUGUCUCACCGUGCAAAUUGAACUUUUAAAAGUUGACUGGCCACAAGAAAUCAUUGAAUCAGAAGAUGGGAAAGAGGUUUUUGGUGGGCAUGACAAUGAAUUGAUAUAUAAAGGUUUAUCCGUUCGAAUGGGUAUACAUUGUGGUAGUCCAGAUUUUGAAACGGAUAUAGUAACGAAACGAAUGGACUAUUUCGGACCUGUGGUUAACAGAGCUGCAAGAAUCUGUAGUGCGGCGGAUGGUGGGCAAAUUUGUGUGAGUUCUGAAGUAGAAUCACAAAUUGGCAUUUAUAGGUAUGUAGGUGGACAAGAUUCAGAUAGGAAAGGUAGCAUUGGGGGAGAUGAAGAAGUUCAGGAGUCAUCUAAUGAUAUGUUGGAUAAGAACGUGAUUGCUUUGAAGAAAAUGGGAUUUGUUAUAAAGCCACUUGGUGAAAAAAAGCUUAAAGGAUUAGAAAAUGCCGAAAUACUGUCAUUAGUUUAUCCGGUAAAGCUUAAAGGUAGAAUGGAUGAAGAUCAAAAAAUGAAAGUCAGGAAUUCCAUAAAAGUUCCAGAAAAAUAUGAACAUAUUGCAACCACACAAUUAGUUGAUCCAUCAUGUGUACGCACUCUCGGAUAUCUUUGUCUUCGUCUUGAACGUGUGGUAUCCGGAAAUGUAAGCCAUCGUACUUCUCGAAGUUCAAAAAUAGAUCAUAUGGCAGGAUUGUUAACGUUCCAUGUCAAGGAUAAUGCGGAUGAUGAAGAGUUAAUGAAAAUAAUGGAGAGCCUGAUUACAAGGAUUGAGAAUGCGAUAUCAACUUUAUAUCUUAAUAAAGUUGGAAAAUAUGCUCGUGUUCUCGAAGAACUCGGGGAUGCACUUGCACUUGAUCCAGACCAUAUUGUUCGUGCUUUACAGAUGUAUGCACAAGUGACAAAGAUGUCAAAAUAA